CUGGUGUUCCACCACCUGUUCCGGGAAUGGGGCCCAGUAGGGCCCCCCACCCAUCUUCUGCCCUAUAUUAAAGCCUUGGGCUAUGAAUCCCUUUCUUAUCGUCUCAAAAGUCAUGAUGAUCCAGCUGCUGAGUUUUCUCCUAUUUGUGGCCCUUGCCUCAGGCUUCAGCCAGCCUUUCUCCCGCCCCUCCUCCAGAGUUGUCAACGGCGAGGACGCGGUCCCCUACAGCUGGCCCUGGCAGGUCUCCCUGCAGUAUGAAAAGGAGGGAGCGUUUUACCACACCUGCGGCGGCAGCCUCAUUGCCCCUGACUGGGUCGUAACCGCGGGCCACUGCAUCUCGACCUCCCGGACCUACCAGGUGGUGCUGGGCGAGUAUGACCGCUCUGUGCUGGAGGGCUCCGAGCAGGUGAUCCCCAUCAACGCUGGGGACCUCUUCGUGCACCCUCUCUGGAACUCCAACUGCGUGGCCUGCGGCAACGACAUCGCCCUCGUCAAGCUCUCGCACAGUGCCCAGCUGGGAGACAAGGUCCAGCUCGCCAACCUCCCUCCCGCCGGCGACAUCCUGCCCAAUGAAGCCCCCUGCUACAUCAGCGGCUGGGGCCGUCUCUACACUGGCGGGCCGCUCCCGGACAAGCUACAGGAGGCGCUGCUGCCCGUGGUGGACUAUGAGCACUGCUCCCAGUGGGACUACUGGGGCAUCACUGUGAAGAAAACCAUGGUGUGCGCCGGCGGGGACACCCGCUCCGGCUGCAACGGUGACUCUGGAGGACCCCUCAACUGCCCAGCAGCAGAUGGCUCCUGGCAGGUCCAUGGCGUGACCAGCUUUGUUUCUGCCUUUGGCUGCAACACCAUCAAGAAGCCCACGGUGUUCACGCGAGUCUCAGCCUUCAUUGAUUGGAUUGACGAGACCAUUGCAAGCAACUAAGAACCAAGGCCAAGGUGGCAGUGCCCAUCCACACUCUUGGUAAAAAAUAAAAGAUCUCUCAGAAAAUUCCAA